AUGGGUGGCAUGGGCCUGCGCCUCGUCGGGAUGGACACGGCGAACGCGUUGUGGGCGCACGCUGCCGCGAACCGGGUGUUCGCGUCGCUCGCCACAGCUGCAAACGCACACCCGCAUGCCACCGCCGCCGAUGCUGGCCCCCAGUGCGUGCCGGUGCCGCGUGGCUCGAGCGGGCUGGAGGUCGUCGCGCUCGCGAUGCGGAUGGUCAUCAUCCAGCACGCGCAGGAGCAGCCCGCAAGAGACACGCGAAGCCGUACACGACGCGUGCUACCGGCGGCCAAGCUCAUUGAGACGGCCUUUGAGCUGCGCUCUCAGCUGAAGACGGCGUGGAGCAUCAUGCAUAGGCUUCUGAAGCAGAACAAGCGCAGGGGCACAGAUACCUCGGAUAUCGAGGACCUGGACCCCGGCAUUUCUGACGAUGAAGACGACGACGGCCCGACUAUAGCGUGCAUUACGGAGCAGCCCAAGCCGGCCAUCCAUCCACCAACGCUGUGCGACGGUGACGUCUGCACUACAGACAGCGAGGAGGGCGAAAUCUCGGACGACAACGAGCUGCCCGACCACGACGGCACGGACCAUGGGGACGAAGGGCUCGAAGACGGCGAGCUCGCAUCACCGGACGGUCGUCGAACACCUCCAUCGCCUCCGAAGGAGCCGCCGUCAAAGUGGGCUCGGAAAUGCGGGAUUCCCUGGGCACCCAAUCCCGAUCACCCCAUCUCCACGACAUUUCCUGAUAGCCCACAUUUGCCGGUGCCUCCCCAGCAGCCAGCGACGUCAAGCAGCAAGACAAGGAAGAACAAGAACGCCUUCAAACGAAAGAAGUGUCGCAAUGCGGAGAAGGGGCAGGCCGAGAACACCCCAAUUCCCCACAACGCCCUACCCCGCUUUCCAAAGAGCUCCGGCUUUACGACGCGGUAUAGCAAUACGGCCGAGACAACGCUCGACGACAUCACCGUGAAGGAAUACCGAGUCGAUAGCUAUGCGUACACGGCUAUAUGCGACCCGGUCAAGACGAGGAAGCCUCCCACUCUUGACGACCUCGACAAACGCGGAUACACUUUCGUAGACUAG